AUGAAAAACGUUAAGGAGAAUAUCAUAAAUUUUAAGGACCUAGCCAAGCAGCUGGAGGCAUGUGUACGGUACAACUCAACAGAUAUCGAAGUGAUGCAGGACAUUUACGCGGAAUGUAAAAAAGACCUAAUCACUUUGGAGAAACUGACGCUGGAGGCUCUGGAAAAGGGAAACGCGCUCUUGUUUGAGCAGCUAGUAGAGGCGUCUACCCACGUAAAUCGAUCCAUCAAGCUGUUCGAAAGCUUCGAGAAAGACCACAAGGAACGCAGGCGGAGUUUCUCCCAAGGAGGAUGGUCCCCGCAAAAUGGGGCAAUCCAAAUGGCAAACGACGAUAGGGACUAUUCCAAAAGGAAGAAAUCGCACGAAGGGUAUAAAAAACGGGAUAGUAAGAGGAAAGGGAAGAAAUACAAAAGCGCUGAUGAUGAGGAGGAAGAAAGCGAUAAAAGGAAUCGAAGUAGAAGCCAAAGCAUGAGCAGAAGUAGAAGCCGAAGUGGAAGCUUGAGCAGAAAUUCCGGAAAAAGAAAAGAACAUGAAAAGAGGAAAAAGAAAAAGAAGGAAAAGGGGAAGGAAAGAAGGAAGUACUUCCAAAGUGAUGAAGAAAAUAAUAGUAAAGAAAAAGAUACGAAUGAUAAUAGAAAAAUGAUGAAGUCAGACUCGCUAGAAUCUUUUACCAAAGCAUUUGGCACCUUCCAUGAUACCAUGAAUAUUCUGAGCAGCGAAAUGGAAGAUGAUCUGGACGAUUUUCAAAUAAAACAGAAAAAGAAAGAAAAGAAAAAAAAAAAAAAACAUCAUGAUGGCAAAUUAAAGGGACAGCACGGUAGCGAUAACGAAAAUGACAGUGAAGACCUGUUCUUAAGUAACAAUCACAUCGAUUCGCUAGACGAUUUAAGUCCGCGAAGCAGCAACAGCACAAAGGGAAGAACAAGCAAAGGGGGAAAAUCCAUCAGUACACACGGAAAGCACCAUCCAGUGGUCAUAGUAAUUCACAUAUCAGACAUUAUAAACAUUUCACAAAAUCUUAAAACGGUUUAUAUUUAUCUAACCCUAAAAUCGAUAGAUAAGAAAAUUAGUAUAAGAAAGAAAACCAAAAGUAAAGACGUUAGUAAUUUUUCUGUAAACGUAUCUGAACUUUUUGAAUUCUCUGUUUCUCACAAGAAACAGUUAUUCCUAUACGUAGAUGUAGUGGACACAGAAAAAAGGAGUUAUUGUUACAGGUGCCUAAUAAAUUUGAAUAAUAAAAUUUUGAAAAAAACUCAAUUGCUUGUCCCCACGGCAUUUUUAUUAACACAAGUUAGUGAGAAUUCUGAUGACAAACGUGGUAACCAAAAUUUGAAUCCUUCCAACCCGAUAAAAUUUCCUGCUAACCAUCAGAAUUCCAAAGGCGAAAACGUCGACAAGGAUAUUAAAGAUUUCUCCUUUAUAUCACCGACAGUUAAUUCCUUCUCGUGGGGAAAUGCUUUGGAUCGUCGUGGAAUGCAUAACCAACAUAUUGGUAACCCCCCAAAUGAUGACCUCUUCGCUAUUAACCCCACUGGCAGUAACCGCACACACAACCGAUUGAACGACUUUCCCAUGGCGCGUCCCAAUUCGAACAACUUCUACCCCAUGAACAAAAAUCAGAGAAACCCCAAUUUGAGCAACUUCAAUUUUGCACGCACGAAUCAAAACGGCCCCAAUUCGAACAACUUCAAUUUUGUCAGCAGAAAUGUCGCUAAUAGAAAUAUGUACAAUUGGGGGAAUGCCAACCAGGGCUUUGCCACGCCCAAUUUUGGCAAUCACAACUUUGGAAGUCCAUCAUUUGGUAGCCCAUCAUUUGGUGGACCUACAUUUGGAGGUCCAUCGUUUAGGGGUGCACCAUUUGGAGAUCCAUCCUUUGGCGACCACAACCGAAGCCUCAGUAACCCCCACUUUAGCAACUACAACAUUAGCCCCCCAACGUUCAUCAAGCACAAUUCGACCCCUUCGCCCUCAACAACGCAAACAUCGGAGAGAGCAAAAAAGGCGCAAACGCAUCCCCACAGCAGGAUAACCAAAGGAGGCGAAAAACCAAAUGAAGGGGAAGAGAGAGAGAAAAAAAACGAGCUAGCUAAAAACGAAAAGAACUUCUCAAGCGAUUGCUCCUACAUCAUAAUGAGCAUUUUUUUAAAAAACAAAGAUUUUGAUCACGAAACGGAAUUAAUGAAACAGAACAAUUUGAACCUAUACAAGCAGCUAUAUAACGUGUGCAACAAGGAAAAGGUGUACUAUGAAAAUAAGAACAAAGAGAAUGAAAAGAAAAUCGAACAACUAGACAAAGCAGUAAUGCUUCUCGAGUUGGACAACGAAAGUUACGUAGAAGCCAACAACAAGUUGAAGGAAAUUAUAGAGUCGAACAAGGAAAUAAUCAAAGUUAUUGAAAAUAUUGUACAGAAGAAAAAUAACAAAAUAGAAAAAUUGGAAAAAGAAAAUGAAAGAGUUGUAGAGGCAGAAAAACUUAUCGAAGAAAAUAAAAAAGAAAACGUUUUCCUAUCCCAACAAAUUACCAAACUGAGUAACAAUUAUGAGGAAAAUAAAAUGAAGUUAAAAGAUUAUGAUCAACUUAAUGAAAAUUUAAACAGCAAGGUAAACAAUUUGCUAUUCCAAUUGCAAAAUGCGCAGAUGAAAAAUGAAAAACUUUUACUGUACUUAUCCUACUUGGUAAAACAUAUCCACAAGAGCAGCUGCGACGAUGACGCCAAUAUGUUAAGUCUAAUAAAGUUAAAAAAAAUUAAUUGGAAUUUAGAAGGAUCACCGAUUGGUAGGGAUUACCAGGAUAUGUUACAGGACAUCACAAACAACUGCAGUUAUGUGAAGACCGGAUCCAAGUACGAAGAUAUUAUGCUGAACAAUUUCAUUAAAAGUCAGAAAGGGGUUAAUCUGAGCACAAAACAUUUGCAUAAAAUUCUAGGCAUAGGUAAUGAUGCCAAAAAGCAGAUUCUCAAUUACAGUAGUGAUAACAGCAAAGGGGGAAGAAAUCCGUCUAAACGUAAUCUUCAAAAAGGGGAACCCAUGGUUAAUUCUGAUGCUUACAAAAGUGCUACUCUAUCGGAAGAACUGGACGCAUCGCAGGAUGAAGAAAAGGAUAUCCACAUUGAUGACUUUCUCGUGAAAGGAUACAAAAAAUAUAUAACCCAGACUUCAUCCACGGAAAUAAAUCAAGAGAAUCAUCUUAAGGGGGAAAUUCAUCACCCAUUUGCAAAGAAGAAGAUGAAGGAAAAACGGGAUGAAAAAAGUACACUUAAGGGAGUACCCCAAAAUGAACGCAAACAGAAAAGUUCCCAAAAUAAUCUCCCAUGCAAAUUUCCUCAAGUGAACUGGAGCAGCGAUGAAGAGGCGAUGAAAAAACAGAGGCACUCCUUCGACUUGAAUGUGAAGCGAAUGGAUGAAGUGCAAAACGGGGAAGAAGAUAUCUCCGGAAGGGGAAAGAAAAAGAGCCACCUACUGAGUGAUAAAGAAAAAAUCCGAACGAGGCGAAUUAUAAGCGAGAUGAACAGCAACUUCCAAAUUAGGCACAAUACAAACGAUAUUUUCCAUGACGAUUUUUUUAACCACUCGAGAGACCACUCAGAUAACGACACGAAUAGCACAUUUUCCUUCAACGUAAAGAAUGACUCCAAUUGGGAUCACCUGAAAAAACAAAAAAGGGGCAAAAAGGAGGAGAAAAAAGAAGGGAAAAAUAAGCAAAAUGAGACUUCUCAAAAAGGACGCCCAGAAUUAGAUGAAAAGGGAAUGAAGCAACACAGGAAGAAACUGAGCUAUGCGAUCAAACAAACAGGGGACAGAACUACCAGCGGAAAAGACCAGAAGGGCCUCCGCAGAGACAUCAUGGACCAUGAUGAUUACGAUGGGACUUUCCUCCCCUUGGGAACCAGAAGGGAAAAGCAAAAUAUGAAAAAGCACUCCUUAAGUAAUUACAAAAAGAAGAAAAGAAACAAAUUAGUGUACAACGAAAAUUACACCUUUAGUAACUGUGAAAUGUCCAGCGAUGACGCAUUUCAGGGGGUGGAAGGUCCAUCGAAAGGGAGAAGCAAAAAAGAGAAGAACAUAGUUAGUGAUACUUAUUUAAACGAAAGGGGUACAAGUAGACGGAAGCAGGGGAAGCAGAAGGAUGGUUCACUCUUCUGGAAGGACCCCCUAGGGGAAAACCAACUUGACGAAGAAAAGGGACUCCGUCACGAUAGCAGCCGAGGUGGAAUAGAUGAAAAUGGAAAAGACAAAGGCGCAAAGCAUAAACGAUUCGUCCACUUGAAAAAAAAAACAACCAACGACUACAUGAGUGACUACAAAAAUUUCGAAAAAAAAUUUAACUACUUUGUGAAGGUGUCCAAAAAUCUGCAAGGAAGCCUUCUCUCCAAUAGCAGCGAUAAAAUAAGUUAUCCAGUCAAGAUGAACAAAAAAAGCUACUUCAACAAUUUGGAAAGAAUUAUCCACAAAUGUAAUAAGAAGGAGCAGACGUUUUCCUACCUCGAUAGUUAUCUUAGCACGCAAAUAAAGUCCAUGUUUUUAUCGGAGGAAGACAUAAAGAAGCAUAAAAGUAAGUUACGCAAUUUUUACAGGAAGAAUACGAAAGGCCUCAUUUUUGAAAACACCCUUGUUAAGAUAUAUGCCAAACUUUACUAUGUGAACGAAGAUUCAGGGAAAAGCAGUGGGUAUAAAAAGAAAGGGUUGCUAACCCCCGACAGGAAGGAUGACAGUGCUGAAACGAGCAAAGUUCCUCCCUGUGGAAGUACCAAUGGUGCAUGCAAAAACGACGGAAAUAUAGUUAACAGUAAUGACGGUGAUACCAACCAUAAUGACUGUAAAAAGGGCCCAGAAAACAAACCAGAAAAAACACCCAAUAAAGAAAACAUCUACAUGAAUAUCUACGUGAAGUCAAUUCUCUACAACAUCAUCUAUAUCAAAAGUGAUCUGAGUGAAAACAAAAUGGACCACAUAAAGAUUAUAAAAAGAAAUUUGAAAAAAAAUUAUAAUAAAGUGACAGAGGAAAAUGACUACAUAAAUUUAAAGAAAAACGAAAUUUGCUUACUAUACACCUUACGCUUUAAAAGAAAUCACCUUCAAAAAUUGCCCCUAUUCUUAAAUGUAGAAUGCUUAAACAAUGACAAUAGUACGAUCAAGUUGAAAAUCGCUUUGCCCCUGCCGCAUUUAUUCCUCCUAAAACCAAAUAGCUUUUAUCUCAACAGUUUUGUAAAAAAUUUCUCACAAAAGCAAAAAUAUUAUUACAAAUCUUACUACUACAAUAUGCUAGAUUUCUCAACCUUUAAGGAUUUUAUCAAUUCGAUAAAACUGUAUAACUCCUUUAACGUUUUCCAUUUUGACUCCUACAAUAUUCUGUACAGCACAUAUCCUGUUAAUGACAAAUGUAAGAUGCUUUUGCUAAUUGUGUGCGAUUUUGUGAAAAAAAAAAAUGGAGCUUCCAAUGAUACUGUGAAGUUACAUUUUGUGUCUCUCUCCAACAGCUUGAUUAGUUUCUCCGUAAAUUUGUUUAAGCAAAUUUUGUAG